GAUUCCCUGCCUGGAGGCUGUGUGGGCCAGAGCCUCAGGAAAAGACUAAAGAUUAGAUUGGAAGAAGAGAGAGUAGAAGCCAUGUUUCGAAGACCUGUAGUACAGGUACUUCGUCAGUUUGUAAGACAUGAGUCUGAAGUAGCUAGCAGUUUGGUUCUCGAGAGAUCUCUGAAUUGCGUGCAGUUGCUUGGUCGAGUAGGUCAGGACCCUGUCAUGAGACAGGUAGAAGGAAAAAACCCAAGUACAAUAUUUUCCCUAGCAACAAAUGAGAUGUGGCGACCAGGGGAAAACGAAACCUACCAAACGGGUGAUGUCAGUCAGAAGACAACAUGGCAUAGAAUCUCAGUGUUCCGACCCGGCCUCAGAGAUGUGGCCUAUCAGUACGUGAAAACGGGGUCUCGAAUUUAUGUGGAAGGGAAAGUAGACUAUAGUGAAUAUACGGAUAAAAACAACAUGAGACGACAAGCAACAACAAUUAUAGCUGAUAAUAUUAUAUUUCUGAGUGACCAGAUGAAAGAGAAGCCGUAGACUGGACGAU